UUUUUUCCAACUCUUUUUUUUUUAAAUCCUUUCCCCUCUUCACACCUAGUAUAUCUUAGAUACAAAAUGUCAGAUCAAGAUCUAUUUGUCGACCUCAUCGCUCCAAAUGGCCGCCGCUAUCGGCAACCACGCGGCCUCUUCAUCAACAAUGAAUUCGUCAAGUCGUCUAGCGGACAACUGAUCUCUUCUGUCGAUCCUGCAACGGAAUGCGAAAUCGCCACAGUCUACGCUGCCUCAGCAGAGGAUGUCGACAAGGCUGUGCAGGCGGCGAAAGCGGCACUGCAAAAUCCUACCUGGAAGCUGCUUCCAGGCACAGACAGGGGACGGUUAAUGAGUAAACUCGCGGACCUUCUUGAAGAGCAAAAGGAGCUUUUUGCCACAAUAGAUGCCUGGGACAAUGGAAAACCGUAUCACGCUGCCUUGAGUGAUGAUUUGGUCGAAGCCAUCACCACCCUCCGCUACUACAGCGGCUGGGCUGACAAGACCUUUGGCCAGACGAUCAGUACAACACACCAGAAAUUCGCAUACACGUUACGUCAGCCUAUCGGCGUCGUCGGACAGAUCAUCCCAUGGAACUAUCCUGUUUCUAUGGCAGCCUGGAAACUAGGUCCUGCUCUGGCGUGUGGAAACACGGUUGUGAUCAAAUCAGCGGAGCAAACACCACUAAGUAUCCUAGCUUUGGGGCAGUUGAUUAAAGAAGCAGGAUUCCCGCCUGGUGUGGUUAAUAUUAUUAGCGGAUAUGGGAAAGAAGCCGGCGCGGCUUUAGCACAGCACCCCCUCGUCAGUAAGAUCGCCUUCACGGGGUCAACCGCAACAGCGAGAGAGGUCAUGAAAAUGGCUGCGGGGACGUUGAAAAAUGUCACUUUGGAGACAGGCGGCAAGUCGCCACUGCUUGUUUUUAGCGAUAGCGACAUUGAACAGGCGGUCAAAUGGUCCCAUCUCGGCAUCAUGUCCAACCAAGGACAGAUCUGUACGGCGACCUCGCGCAUCUUCGUGCAGAAGGACAUCUUCGAGCCCUUCUUAGAAAAGUUCCUGGACGCUGUCAAGACCAUUUCCGUUAUCGGGGACCAGUGGGAUGCGUCCACUUUCCAGGGUCCCCAGGUGACGCGCGCCCAAUAUGAGCGCGUGCUUUCGUACAUCGAGCUCGGCAAGUCUGAAGGCGCAACCGUCGUUGCGGGCGGCGCGGCAACCAGUAAAGACGGCAAGGGCUACUUCAUCCAACCUACGGUAUUUACAAACGUCACGGAUGAUAUGCGGAUCUACCGUGAGGAGAUUUUCGGGCCUGUUGUGGUUAUUCUUCCGUUUGAGACGGAAGAGGAGGCGGUGGCUCGUGCAAAUGAUACGUCAUAUGGACUGGGGGCUGCAGUGUUUACCAAGGACCUGGAGCGGGCACAUCGUGUGGCGGCAGAGAUCGAGGCGGGGAUGGUUUGGAUCAACAGUAGCCAGGACUGUGAUCCUCGGGUUCCGUUUGGAGGGGUGAAGCAGAGCGGAAUUGGACGGGAACUCGGCGAGGCAGGCUUGGAGGCUUAUACGCAGGUGAAGUCGGUGCAUGUGAAUAUCGGAAACCGUUUAUAAUGUAAUGGGAUGGAUCGAAUAAUGUCUAUUGACCAUUCCUUACCGAUCCAUGUAGAUCCCUGUCUAUGUAUAUAUAUAUUAUAUAUAUAUUAUAUGAUAAACAGACUAUGAAACAUUGACUGAGACCG